AUGGAGCCUUCAAAUACGAAUGGGUUGUAUCUACUGAUACAAGCAGCAGAAAUACUCGAGAAACCGACCAUGUUUCCAAACAGUUUACCCUCCCAAACUGCUGAUACCAAACUCUUGGGCGAGGGGUACGACUCGUAUUCUGCUGUACAGAGGCUUCCAGAGUUGUCUGUAAAUAAUGGGAAUUUGGCAAAGAUUUUGAACGAAGAUGUGCCUUUGCCUAUGCAUGACCACAUUCGUAAACAGCUCUCACUCGAGCAAUCAACCCUUCUUUCUGCAUUAACUGCAUCCUUGACGCAGCUAUCGCAUUCAUAUUCCCGUCAACUCUCACGCCAUUCCCUCCUAAAUUCAGAAAACAGGCGUUUAACGGCGGAACUACGAGACAUAGAAAUAGCACUGGUCGAGUUGACAAAACAAAGGCCAGUGUUAAAAAUCCUACGACGGCUUAAUUAUAUGGAAACGUUGGAGGAGAUAGAUGUAUCGGAAGAAAAUAUAAAGGAUUUAUUCCUAAAUCCAAGGGAAAUUGGGUGUCAGGAAGAUGGAUUUGAAAACAACUUGCUUUCCAUUCCGUCCUUACUACUUGAUCAAAAUCCCAAAGGUACAACUUAUAACGAGUCUAUCGCUUCACGUAUGAACAUUGAAUCGUCGAUGCUUUUGAAAAAACGUAAAUGCGAUAAUGACGACGAUGGGUCGGUAGAACUUAUAAAAAAGCAAAAAGAAGAACAGGAUGUACAGGAAGUAAUUCCGGAUCCCGAAGCGUCUAAACAACCCCCCAGGUUUGAUAGCGACAUGUAUACACCAAGAUGGGUACGGGGGGUGGGGAAGUCCAAGGAAGGAUUAUGUCCACAUUGUAAUCCUCCACGAUGGUACAAGACGAAGAUAUCUGCGUACUGGUAUCAUUUAAACUAUCAGCAUGGCAUAUCGUCGAAUACCGGACGACCGUUUGCUGGGCCGAUAUCUGAGCGUAACAACAAAAAAUCCGGCUUACGAGAAGCACUUUGCCACAAGUGUGGGAAGUGGAUACUAAAUCAAUCUCCACGGGAUAAAGAGGUACUAGUCCCGGAGAUCUAUUGGCCGUAUGCUAUUUGUACACAGAAAAAAGGGGGACAACUGCCUGAUCAUGAUAUCAUAGCAAAAAGCACGAUUCAUAAUGGGGGUCUUGAGCGUGGGUAUCCGACUGAGAAUUUUGGCCCCGAAAAUCUUCGUGACUGGGAAAGCAUUUAUAUAAAACGCCCCCCAUCAUUUAUCUCAGAUUAUCAAACGGGGAAAAAUACGUUUUGUUAUAUUAUACAAGGAACCCAAUUUUAUUCCACGAGAACCCGAGCUAAAUUCCGUUUCUUGACUAGAAAAAAAAUGGUUGAAGAAAAAUCGGAACCCACUUCGUACAAACCCUCGCCAAAGUUUGUUUUAUCCGUGCGCUUAUUUGAAAUAAUAUGCGGUCUGGUCGUGGUGAUCACUCUUGCAAUAACAGCCGAAGAAGCGAAAAAACUGGGGCUAGACAUUCCCAGCUGGGUCAUAUACGGACUGGUUCUCUCUUGCGUUAGUACUGUGGUAUCCGCAUCAGUCUUGUUUUUCGAUCGAUCAACCAAAUUCGCGUUUGCCCAGGGAAUUCUUUCGAAUAUCUUUCUUGUGGCAUAUAUUGUGUACACUGCCAUCGGAGCUGUACAUACGCCAACUAGUGAAAAGUGCUCCUCUUAUUCCAAGGAAGCGGAAAAUAUGUGUGCUGCACCCAAGGCAGCCGAGUUCUUUUCCUUUUGUGUCGUCUUUGCUUUUGGAUUCAGUGCUCUUGCUGGAUACUUUACAUGGUGGGAUGCAAGAAGGAAGAAAAGGGAGAGAGAUGCGAGUUCGAGUGCAGAAACUGCUACGGCUGAUGCGAACGAAUCGUAG